UUCCCCAACGACGCAACGCUUCCCUCCCUCCUUCCCCCUCCCCGCGGAUUCCAUUCCCACUCCUCUCCCCAGCACCAUUUCCUCUCUCUCUCUCUCUCUCUCUCUCUCUCUCUCUCUCUCUCACACUCACUCACUCAUGGCGGCCAUGGCUCCCCGAGAGGAGUGGGACGAAGAGGAGGAGCAGAGGCAGGCGCUGAGGGAGCCGCUCUUGGGGCAUCUCCACUCCAUCAAUCUCCGCCGCCACGCCCGCAACAGCACCUCCCAAAUCGCCAUCAUCGGAUCCAACCCCUGCCCCAUCGAGAGCCUCGACUACGAGAUGAUCGAGAGUGACCUAUUCAACCAAGAUUGGAGGAGCCGCGGGCGGGCCGCCAUCCUCCAGUACAUCUUCCUCAAGUGGACACUCUGUUUUCUCAUCGGUAUCCUCGCCGCCGCCGUCGGUUUCUUCAACAACCUCGCCAUCGAGAACCUCGCGGGAAUCAAGUUCGUCGCCUUCUACGAAUUGAUGCUCGCCAACAGGUAUUGGCUGGCGUUCGGAAUGUUUGCGGCUUCGAAUUUGGCUCUCCUAAUGUUUGCAUCGACGAUUACAUCGUACAUUUCGACUGCUGCCGGGGGAUCGGGAAUACCGGAGGUGAAAGCUUAUUUGAAUGGUGUGGAUGCUCCUGAUAUCUUCUCUCUGCGUACCCUCGUCGUCAAGAUUCUAGGCUGCAUUACUGCUGUCUCAUCAUCCCUUCAUGUGGGAAAGGCAGGCCCCAUGGUACACACCGGUGCAUGCAUUGCAGCUUUACUUGGACAUGGAGGGUCUCGUAGGUUCCGCAUGACAUGCAAAUGGCUGCGCUACUUCAAGAACGACCGAGACAGACGCGAUCUUGUAACCUGUGGGGCUGCUGCUGGAGUUGCUGCUGCUUUCCGUGCCCCUGUUGGUGGCGUUCUAUUCGCUCUUGAAUCACUGUCAUCAUGGUGGAGAAGUGCAUUAAUCUGGAGAGCAUUCUUCACAACUGCUGUAGUUGCCGUUGUGCUUCAGACGCUAAUUAACAUUUGUAACAGUGGAAAGUGUGGCUUGUUUGGCAAGGGUGGGCUAAUAAUGUUUGAUGUUACCUCGGACAGUAUUACCUAUCACCUUACGGACUUACCUCCAGUGAUCCUUCUUGGUGUUAUUGGAGGAAUACUGGGAAGUCUCUACAAUUUCCUUAUGCUGAAAGUUCUUCGGAUAUACAGUCUUGUUAACGAGAAAGGUUGUGCCCACAAGUUGCUUCUUUCUGCCACCGUGUCCAUAUUCACAUCUUGUUGUCUAUUUGGGUUACCAUGGCUUGCAUCUUGCAGGCCUUGCCCUAAGAAAGAUUGCCCUUCCAUAGGUCACUCUGGCAAUUAUAAGCAGUUUCGAUGCCCUCCCAUGCACUACAAUGAUCUGGCUGGCUUGAUUUUUAACACCAACGAUGAUGCUAUAAGAAAUCUCUUUACUACUGGCACAAAUGAUGAGCUGCACCGGACAUCAAUCUUGUUGUUCUUUGUUGCCUCCUACAUUCUUGGCAUCUUAAGCUAUGGUGUUGUGGCUCCUUUUGGUCUUUUUGUGCCCAUUAUCUUGACGGGUGCCAUCUAUGGACGUUUCGUCGGCAUGCUGACGGGUUCGAGCUCAAAUCUAGACCACGGCCUCUUUGCUAUCCUUGGAUCUGCUUCAUUUCUAGGUGGGACAAUGAGGAUGACUGUGUCCAUGUGUGUUAUCAUCCUUGAACUUACCAACAAUCUCUUAUUGCUUCCUCUGGUGAUGCUGGUUCUGCUGAUAUCCAAAACAGUGGCAGACUCUUUCAAUGCCAAUAUCUAUGAUCAGAUUCUUAAAUUGAAGGGCCUUCCUUAUCUUGAAGGACAUGCAGAACCUUACAUGAGGCAACUCACAGUCAGUGAUGUGGUUACCGGUCCCUUGCAAACCUUUAAUGGCGUGGAGAAAGUUGGAAACAUAGUCCAUGCUUUAAGGACUACAGGUCAUCAUGGUUUCCCUGUGAUAGAUGAUCCUCCAUUUUCCUCUUCUCCUGUGCUGUUUGGCCUAAUCCUUCGGGCACACCUUCUAGUUUUGUUGAAGAAGAAGGAUUUUCUGCCAACUUGCUCGCGCUCCGGUGCUGAUGCAUCGAAGAUGUUCAUGGCUAAUGACUUUGCGAAGCGCAGCUCAGGCAAACACGACCGCGUCGAGGAUAUAGAACUGACUGCGGAAGAGAUGGAGAUGUUCAUCGAUUUGCAUCCAUUCACAAACACAUCGCCCUAUACCGUGGUGGAGACGAUGUCAUUGGCCAAAGCUCUCAUACUGUUCCGAGAAGUCGGCUUAAGGCAUCUCCUGGUUGUGCCAAAGUCCUCUCCUGUAAGGAAAACUGUCCUUAAUUCAAGCUCUUUAUGUAUGUCUGCAGCUAAUAUUAGUAUCUAGAUGACACUGAUUGUUUUACCUGCUUCCACUAGAGGGCACCAGUAGUGGGCAUACUGACCAGACAUGAUUUUAUGCCUGAGCAUAUAUUGGGAUUGCAUCCUUACCUGAUGAGGAGCAGAUGGAAGAGAUUGCGAAUCAGUGUGCCUGCUUUGAAGAAAUAUUUCAGGGGUUUUCUGAUGUGGGCUUGCACCUAGCAUCUGAGAUCUACCAGAUCCAACUGAAGAGGAGGGGCUUCAAUUUUUCAUAUUCUGAUGAAAGAGAGGAGACACCAGAAUCAUAUCUAUUUUGAUUUACAUGGCAAGGUCAUGUUCAGACGUUGUGUUCUGCAACUGAGAGCUGCAAAUUUGUUAAAAAUUCUCCAAUUCUCUGCAUCUUUGCCACCGGUGUAUGAGUCAAAAUUGAACCAUUUUCAUGUGCCAUAAACACAGUAUAAUAUGCUUUCAUUCAAUUUUUUGCAUUGAAGCUGUAUGAUAAUUGAUACAAUUUGCUCUCAUAUAUUAAAUAAGUCAGCAUUGCUAUUUAUACA